AGGGGGCAAGGCGGGGAGGAAGAGGAAGACGCAGGAUCAGAGAGCCUGGCACAUAGACAGGAGACAGGCAAGGAAGAAGAGAGCUGAGAAAGAGACCCAAAGAGAAGCAGAAAGGACAGAGAGAGGGGGAGCACGAGUCAGCGCUGGGACACAGAGGUCCUGCAGGAAGGAGACUAAAGACAGGGCAGACUGAUCGCUGAGACAGAAAGGGAGGUGCUGGGACAGAACCCCAAAGGUAGCUUCCCAGGGAAGCCCAGCUACAGCUCUUCUGGCCCCGACUCCUGCAGGCUCAUGAAAGGAGAGCAGCGUGAGGAGCAGGGGCCCGGCCCCGAACCCGCGGCCCCCCCGCAGCCCACAGAAGAGGAGGAGGCCCUGAUCGAGUUCCACCGCUCCUACCGAGAGCUCUUCCAGUUCUUCUGCAACAACACCACCAUCCACGGCGCCAUCCGACUGGUGUGCUCCCAGCACAACCGCAUGAAGACGGCCUUCUGGGCCGUGCUGUGGCUCUGCGCCUUCUGCAUGAUGUACUGGCAGUUCGGCCAGCUGUUCGGGGAGUACUUCAGCUACCCCGUCAGCCUCAACAUCAACCUCAACUCCGACAAGCUCGUCUUCCCCGCGGUCACCAUCUGCAACCUCAACCCCUACAGGGACACGCAAAUUAAAGGGGAGCUGGAGGAACUGGACCGCAUCACCGAGCAGACGCUCUACGAUCUGUACAAGUACAACUCUUCCAGCACCGUGGGGGCCCACCCCCGCGGUCGUCGCGACCUCGGGGAGACUUGGCCGCACCCCCUACAGCGCCUGGCGGUCCCGGCCCCGCCCUCCCGGGCCCGCCAAGCCCGCAGCGCCAAAUCGAUUGUGCAGGACAACAACCCCCAAGUGGACAGGAAGGACUGGAAGAUCGGCUUCCAGCUGUGCAACCAGAACAAAUCGGACUGCUUUUACCAGACUUACUCGUCAGGGGUGGAUGCAGUGAGGGAGUGGUACCGUUUCCACUACAUCAACAUUCUUGCGAGACUGCGAGACACUUCUCCGGCCCCGGGGGAGGACAUGCUGGACAACUUCAUCUUCGCCUGCCGCUUCAACCAGGCCUCCUGCAGUCAGGCGAAUUACUCUCACUUUCAUCACCCGAUGUAUGGGAACUGCUACACAUUCAAUGGCAAGAACAGCUCUAACCUCUGGAUGUCUUCUAUGCCUGGGAUCAAAAAUGGUCUGUCCCUAACACUGCGCACAGAGCAGAAUGACUUCAUCCCGCUGCUGUCCACAGUGACUGGGGCCAGGGUCAUGGUCCAUGGGCAGGAUGAGCCUGCCUUCAUGGAUGACGGUGGCUUUAACUUGCGGCCUGGUGUGGAGACCUCCAUCAGCAUGAGGAAGGAAGCACUGGACAGGCUUGGGGGCAACUAUGGUGACUGUACCAAGAAUGGCAGUGAUGUCCCUGUGGAGAACCUUUAUCUUUCCAAGUACACACAGCAGGUGUGCAUCCGCUCCUGCUUCCAGGAGCACAUGAUCAAGCAGUGUGGCUGUGCCUACAUCUUCUAUCCACUGCCCAAGAAUGCGGAGUUUUGUGACUACAGGAAGCACAAUUCUUGGGGUUAUUGUUACUAUAAGCUCCAGGAUGCCUUUUCCUCGGACCGCCUGGGCUGUUUCACCAAGUGCCGGAAGCCAUGCAGUGUGACCGGCUACCAGCUAUCUGCUGGUUAUUCACGAUGGCCCUCAGUGACAUCUCAGGACUGGGUCUUCCGGAUGCUAUCCCAACAGAACAAUUAUACUAUUAACAACAAAAGAAAUGGCGUUGCCAAACUCAACAUCUUCUUCAAGGAGCUGAAAUACAAAACCAACUCUGAGUCUCCCUCUGUCACGAUGGUCACCCUCCUGUCCAACCUGGGGAGCCAGUGGAGCCUGUGGUUCGGCUCCUCGGUGCUGUCUGUGGUGGAGAUGGCUGAGCUCGUCUUUGACCUCCUGGUCAUUACAGUCCUCAUGCUACUCCGGAGGCUCCGAAGCCGCUACUGGUCUCCAGGCCGAGGGGGCAGGGGUGCCCGGGAGGUGGCCUCCACUCCAGCCUCCUCCGUCCCCUCCCAUUUCUGCCCCCACGCCACAUCCCCCUCCUCAUCCCCACCAGGCCCUGCGACUUCCCCAGCCUUGACAGCCCCUCCCCCUGCCUAUGCCUCCUUGGACCCCUGCCCAUCUCCAUCCAGCUUGGUGAGGACCAGCGCCUCUGUCUGUACUCUGGGGGAGCCCUGA